ACACUGGAAGGAAAAUAAGGUUAAGAUGCUGCUCCAAAGCCUCACCAAACAUGAAUACAUCAUUCAAUUUCUCCCCCUUCUCCCUAGAAUGUGCACUUGCUCACUGCCCCUCAAGGAUUUGAAAGUAUUGGAUUGGUAUAAGUAUGUGCUAAACUAGAGUGAGAUCCAACCAGAUUUAUCAAAUCAGUCCAAAUGUAACUUAGAGGAAGACUUAAGAUUCUUAGGCAAAGUUGCAUCUUUGCAUCCAUUACAUAAAUACUUGGCACAUGAGCUUGUCAAAAUGCAUGGAAUAAAAUCCUGACAGAGUCACCAUAUCCAAACAAUACUAAACAUCAUGAUUUGACCUGGACCCUCAUUCAUGUACCUUCACUGCCUAAAUACCUGGCAUAAUCUCCCGGUCAGCAGGGACGUAUUCAUUACGUAAACCGUUUAACCUUUAAGAACCAAACAGAGAAAAACAAGAGUUUCUACUGGACAAUUUAAGGAAGGUCCCGCCCCGUUUGCUUGCGUUUGGGAAACGUUUCACAAUAGAAUCGGCGUAAUGAAUACGCCCCUGGUAUACAGCUAACCUUCAGAGUUGGACUCUUUUUCCAGUGACUGAACCAGUGGACACCAAAAGGAUGUUUGCAAAGUAUUCGAACAGGGUACUUUAGCUAGCUGAUAAUUACGACAACCUACUGACUGUCGCAAUCGGAAUGAUGUUGUUAGACAGUUGUCAGUCAGAUACUAGCUAGCGAAUCAACAAGGUUAGCUAGCUACAGUAGCUAGUUAAAUGCUACGGAAAUCAGGUGAAUCGGUCACUGAAAAUACAAGCAAACAAAAGCUGCAAGAGACUCAUGUUGAAACAUUUAGUCUGCCCGGAAAUCCAAUUUAGGAGAAGUAGGAGAAACAACAAAGAUGGCGGACAGGCUAACGCAACUUCAAGAUGCAGUCAAUUCGCUUGCUGAUCAGUUUUGCAAUGCAAUCGGGGUGCUGCAGCAGUGUGCGCCGCCAGCUUCGUUCAGCAACAUACAGACAGCAAUCAACAAGGACCAGCCAUCGAACCCCACUGAGGAGUAUGCCCAACUAUUUGCUGCACUCAUUGCCCGGACAGCUAAGGAUGUGGACGUGCUGAUUGACUCACUGCCUAGUGAGGAGUCCACGGCAGCUCUUCAGGCGGCCAGUCUGCGGCAGUUGGAGGAGGAGAAUCAUGAUGCAGCGGCACGUCUCGAAGAGGUGGUAUACCGAGGGGACUUGCUACUGGAGAAGAUCCAAAGCGCCCUGGCUGAUAUUGCUCAGUCACAACUUCGUACUCGCAGUGGAGGGCCCAGCCAGACCACACCGCCUGAAUCAUGACCCCCACACAUGGGGCAAAGACAUUCUCACAUCACUUUCUCACAUAAAUACACCAGAGGGCGUAAAUGUGUACAGGAAAUCAAAUAAAGAACCCACUGGGUGGACCUGAACAGCUGACCUCUCAAGGAUGUGAAUCUAUGGAAAAUACUUCUUGCAAUAUGUGAGUGGGAUAUUGGGAAGUUGGUGCUUGGGGAAUUCAGUGAGGCAAGCCAUGAACCCACAUGUUUCUUUACACAAGGACUGCCAGCAAGGAACUGUUUACUCUGUCCUUUUCUUAGCACACUCUAUUUUGGAUUAAAAAGCACUGCUCCGGUGUCAACAUCUGCUGUCAAUUUCUUAACCCUGGUUAUUUUGAGGAUGCUAGUUAUGGGUCUGCUGAGUGCUGUUGGUAGCAAUUUUUGUACAUACUGAAAGCAGCUGGUGAAAGGAACAAUAAUCCUAAAUUGAUAGAAGCCCAUGCUGCAUACCAACAAAUACUAACCCUAUACAAGCAAGCCCUGUUGUUUUAGAAAGUCAGGUUUUGUAUUAUUUUUAUACCAAUGUUUUUAUCAACAGUUUAUUUCAAGGCAUAAAUGGCAUUUUAAAAUGAA